GCGAAUGACAUCAUCGAUACUGUCAAUGGGGUAAACGGAGGGAGUACAGGCUGCGAGGGGGAGGCACGCGGGAGCAAAACAAACGCACGAGCGCGGAUCGGAUCUUCGGCCGCUCAGGAUUCGGAUCCCACGUCUCGGAGGUGAUGGUGAUGGGCGCGUCGCUGUCCGCGGUCCUGAGUGAGGAACGGGGCGAGCACUGAGAGUCUGGAGCUGCCAUGGAGCUGUGCGUGGGGAACAAGUACCGCCUCGGGAGGAAGAUCGGGAGCGGGUCCUUCGGGGACAUCUACCUCGGGUCAAACAUCGCCACAGGAGAAGAGGUGGCCAUCAAACUGGAAUGUGUGAAGACCAAACACCCACAGCUCCACAUAGAGAGCAAGUUCUACAAGAUGAUGCAGGGUGGAGUGGGCAUCCCGUUCAUCAAGUGGUGCGGGGCAGAGGGCGACUACAACGUCAUGGUGAUGGAGCUGCUCGGUCCCAGUCUGGAGGAUCUGUUCAACUUCUGCUCCCGCAAGUUCAGCCUGAAAACAGUCCUGCUGCUGGCCGACCAGAUGAUCAGCAGGAUCGAGUACAUCCACUCCAAGAACUUCAUCCACAGAGACGUGAAGCCCGACAACUUCCUGAUGGGGCUGGGAAAGAAGGGCAACCUGGUCUACAUCAUCGACUUCGGCUUGGCCAAGAAAUACAGAGACGCUCGAACGCACCAGCACAUCCCUUACCGCGAGAACAAGAACCUCACCGGCACGGCACGCUACGCCUCCAUCAACACCCACCUGGGCAUUGAGCAGUCCCGACGGGACGACCUGGAGUCUCUGGGUUACGUUCUGAUGUACUUCAACCUGGGCUCCCUGCCCUGGCAGGGGCUGAAGGCCGCCACCAAGGGGCAGAAGUAUGAGCGCAUCAGCGAGAAGAAGAUGUCCACCCCCAUCGGGGUGCUCUGCAGAGGCUACCCCUCCGAGUUCUCCACCUACCUGAACUAUUGCCGCUCGCUGCGCUUCGACGACAAACCCGACUACUCCUACCUGAGGCAGCUCUUCAGGAACCUCUUCCACCGGCAGGGCUUCUCCUACGACUACGUCUUCGACUGGAACAUGCUGAAGUUUGGCGCCGGCAGGACCCCAGAGGAGGGCGAUAAGGAGAGGAAGGAGGGGAAAGACGGAGAGGAGCGGGCAGGAGGAGGUCAGAGAGGAGGUCGAGCCCCGCCCACCGGUCCCACCCCCAAUGCGGCCAAUAGAGUCCGGAACGAGGCGGACGCAGCUCCAUCCAGCACGCGGGGGGUCCAGCAGUCAGGAAACCGCUCGCCACAGGCAGGCCGAGCCGAGCGAGCCGAGCGUGAGAGGAAAGUGGCCAUGAGGCUCCACCGCGGCGCCCCCGCCAACAUCUCCUCCUCUGACCUCAACGCGCGCCUUGACCAAUCACGCAUCGCCGCGUCACAGGUCAGUGUGCCGUUUGAACAUCUGGCAAAGUGAGGUUCUUCUCACUGACAGCAGCUGAGGUUCACCACAGUGGUUUUGGAUGACGGAAGAAGAAGAGGAGGAGGAGGAUGAGAAGGAGGAAGAGGCAGCGUUAUGUGCCUUCAAAACCAAAGAUGGAACAUCUGUCAGUGGCUCCUCUUGCAAAAAACAAAAUAAAAAAGAAAGUAGAAAAUACAAAGGAAAGAAAAGGGACUUCAUAUCAACGAUUCUGUGGUUGAAUUGAAAUAAUCUACAUCUUCUGCCUCCAGUGUUAUUCAUUAUAAUAAAGUACAUCAAAAAGCUGCAGCUGAAGCAGAGGAGCAGAGUGACCGGCUGAAUGUGAAGAUCCUCUUUUUGUCUUGUCUGUGUUCUUAUCCCAAGUGUUAGUUCAACCUUCAGCUUCAGUGUAAAAGAAGGAAAACGACGAAUGAAAGUGGGGAAAACAGAGAAACACCUUCAGAAAAGGCCUUUAGGGAAAGGUGUCAUUUAAUGUUGUUUUUUUAAUGAGGUGUAAAUGUGUAGAUACACUUCAUCAGAAUAUGAGGCUCUCAUGUCGGAUGCAGCCGGACCGUGGAACAUCAAAGGCAGUGACGGACCUUUGGAGUCAGCCGAGUGCGUUCAGGUUUUCACUCUGGCAGGCAAUGACACAGAGGUUCCUGUUAGGAUGAUGGAAAUCACUGAGGCUCUGUAUAUUUCUCCACCAGAAGUCCACUUUAUUACCAUGAUUUUUGUGUAUAUUUUCUAAUUGAAUAAAGAUAUACACAUCCUACUCAGAUUUAUGACGCAA